AGACUCUGGGAGGGCUCACGCCGCCAAGGAGUACUUCCCAGAACUUCGGCUGCCAGCGUCACCAUCCCCACAGUGAAACAGAGCCACCCCCUGCCUCUGCAGGAGACCCUCCAACACUAGCAGGAUUGGCCACAAAGAAACCUGUAAGUAAUGGAAGGAAACACUCUGCUGGUAAAGAAUGUUAUGGUCCUGAACCUCUACCACCUGGUGUGUCUGGUUUUCUGCCGUGGCGUACUGCAGAACGUGCAAAAAGCAACAGGGCUUUCCAUUCAUCAAAGCUCGUGAUGUAUGUAAUCAGGUGCAGCUGGCAGCCUUGUGGUUAUGUCUGUGAACAAGGAAGCCUGUUCUCCAGUCUGCAAAUCAGCUGUUACCCAGUGAAACGAACGAACUUGACUGCCAUUUCUGACCCCUCACAUGGAGCUGUCAUACUCAAGAAUGUUCAUAUGUUUUCAAGAAAUGUUGUUUGCAGGCCGUCCAUCAGAAUUUCCUGUGACUGUGACAGUAGAGAGUCCUUCCUCCUCAGAAAUCGAAGAGGUCGAAGAUUCCUCAGAAAGUGUUCAGGAAGAGCCAGAGAAAAUCAGUUUGAAACAAGAAGCAUUGCAGGCCUUCAUGCCCACUCAUUGACAAGCAUGAUCCUGGAUGAGGAAGGUGUUUUGGGCAGCACUGAGAAUUCUUUUCAGAAGUUCCAUGCUUUCUUGGAUCUCCUUAAAGAUGCUGGUUUCAGAAAAUUACAGGUGAUGCUGGGCUUCCUUUGCCUCUCGACUCCUUCCAUGUCCCAGUCUCUACUCAGGAGGCCUUAGAAACUUCCAAAGACAACCUGGGGGUCCCAGUCACAGAGCAGCAGCAGGAGUCUUUUGAAGAUUUCAUUGCUAGAACAUGUUCUCCCUUCAGCAGACGUCAUUUCUGGAACUGGAAGUCAAAGAAAAGAAGAGGAAUUAUCUAGAAAUAGCAGGUCUUCUUCAGAGAAAAUGAGC